GAGAGAGAGAGCUGCUAUCACACAUAUACAAACACACACACUCACACACACGCGCGCGCGCGGACUAUAUUUGGGACUGAGCGCAGAGAGGAACAGUUGGUGUCGGGCUGUUGGAUGUUUCUGACACACACUCACACAAACACACACUUACACACACACACACACACACACACACACACACACCGGUACCACCACCACCAGCAGCAGCAGCAGCAGCAGCUCAGGUGCUGAUCGGGCCGAAGAGCCCUGAAGACUAACAGACAGACAUGAUCCCUUUUUCUCCCUGAGGAACUGACCAAUCAGCAGUCAGGAUGAUGCCAAAGCAGUUGGCUCAGACGUCUCCAGGUAGUGUUUUGUCUCUGAGAGGCCCCAGCGUCCCGGGAUCGCCUGCAGCCGCCAUCGUGGCCAGAGUGGACGAUGGAGUCAUCGGCUAUAAGGACUUGGCAGCGUUGCCGACAGAUAAAGCCAUUCUGGACAUCGAGAGACCUGAUCUGAUGAUCUACCAACCGCACUACUGCUACAGUCCUCUGGAGAGGUCUCUGUCUCCUCGCUCCAUCUCUCCUCCUCUCUCUCCAGAGAACCUCUGCAAGGAGGCCCGGGAAUGGCUGGAGAACCGGUCUCCUGGAGGUUCCUCUCCUGGUUCCACCAUCCAGAGCAGCAGAACCCACAGCGGACACACACCUCCAACACCCAACACACACAUCACACACACACUGUCCUCUGGAACCAAGAUCAGCAUGCAGCACUUCCACAGACCAGAAAAUGGCUCCAACAUCUAUAAGAAGCCUCCCAUCUAUAAACAAGAUGUGUCGUCUCCGCUGCCUCUGGGGAAACACAUCGAGGAUUUGAUCAUCGAGUCGUCAAAGUUCCCGGCAGCUCAGCCUCCAGAUCCAAGCCUGCCGUCUAAGAUAGAGACAGAGUACUGGCCCUGCCCCCCCUCUCUGGCUGUGAUUGAGAAGGAGUUGAGGACGAGGAGUCAGAAGGAUGAAGAGGAGGAAGACGGAGAGCUGGACGAUGAAAUCUGGGGCCUGAGAGCGCUUCAGACUCAAGAGCUCAACAAGAUUCAGUCUAAUCUGGGAAAAAUCAUCCUGAAGGAAGAGCUGGGAAAGUCUGCAACUCCUCUGAGGAGGAAAACCAGAUCACUACCAGACCGCAGCCUACACACUGGCUCCAACGCCUCCAGGUCCGUAUAUUUCCCAGCAUCCUCUAGGACGGGCCUGUCCAGGCUCCAGUCGGCAGAGUUCAGCUCGUCUGACAAAAGUCCUGCAGGUGUUCAGAACGGAGACUCGAGGAUGGACAGAGGAAACUCUCUGCCCAGCAUGUUGGACCUGAAGAUCUUCCCAUAUGAGACGCUGGUGGUGACUCACAGAGGACGACGCAAACUUCCUCCAGGAGUGGACCGGACCAGACUGGAGAGACACCUCUCCCAGGAGGAGUUCUUCAGUGUUUUCGGGAUGUCCAUCGAGGAGUUUGACGGCCUCUCUCUCUGGAAGAGGAACAACCUGAAGAAGAAGGUGUGUCUCUUCUGACGCUGCUGGGACUGCAACUCCCACAAUCCCCUGCUCUUCCCGGAUCACUGCAGGAUCCUGAAACCGCCGCGGACUCGGAACCAAAACCGCCAUUAUCAGCACCGCCACCAUCAGACAGCAGCUCACUGUUAGUCAGACCAUCAGUUUGUGGGUGAUGCAGGUUUCAGGUUUCAUGUUUCAUGUUUGGAGUGAUUUUUAGAUUUGCGCUGCACACACUAACUCCACCAGCUGCAACUGUACAGAAAAUCAGCUUCAGUCUCUAAAUGUCUGCAGAAAAUCAUGAAUGCCUAAACUACUGAGCAAAUAAUCAAUAUCACAGACCUUCUAACAAGCAGGGACACAUUAGGAAGAAUACAUUCAACUAAAACUAAUAAUAACCAUGUGUGUUAUUUAUGGCCCAGGUGUGGCUUUCAUCCUUUAAUAUCAGCUUUGUCAUCUGUCUAAAAGACUAACAGGAACCAGUCAGAUAAGUCCUGCUCUGAAUCUGCCAAAUUAACUCUGCAAACAGAUUUCAGAGUCACAUGAAACCAAUAUGUGGAUUUAAGAAUCUGUCCCUGCAUGUGGAGGUCCAGACUUUGCAGGAAGCUGAAGCUCAGCUGUUUGGUUGUAACUGCGGCAUUCUGGGAGAUGAAGUUAAUUCUGACAUCGAUCUGACUGGAAUCUCUCUGGAUUACAGAAGGCGAAACGUUAAAGCGACUAGCUUGAGCUUUAAAAGUUAUCCAUACAGUAGAUUAUACAUUACAGAUGAAACCUUCUGUGAGUUUAGAGACAGAAAUCUAUUUUCAUCACACUGGAUUUAUUCAACUGAGCGACUGAAGUAAAUAAUUUAUUUUUUAGCUUCCAGCUGCAGUCGGGCAUUAAACCAACAUUCCUGCUGACUCAAAGUCAGGUUUCAAUAAAGAUUAAUAUCUGCUGAUCGAUUAUCAACUUGCUGAUUUGCAAGAAAAAGUCCUUUUUAGCGACCUUUCAAAAGCACUGUUCCUAUUGGCUUAGCCAGUUAUGAUGUCACAGUGAUAGCGUUUCUGUCCCAGCACCAAAAAGAACAACAAGGAGACAGUUUGAUCGUUCAGGCUCAGCACACAACGUUAGCGCUGGACUCACUAAUGAUCAGAGGCGACACAAAGAAACAUUCAAUGAUUCAUUUAAGAACAAAACUUCUAGUGGUUCGUUCUUCUUCCCACGCUGUCCGUCAUUGGUCAGAAUAAAACUCGACAGGGACCAAAUGGAUAGGUGUUGACCCCUGUUGACCCCCACUAUACCUGGUAGUACUGUAGAGCUGAAAUGACUCAAUUAGUUGAUUGACAAAAAAAAAGUAGCCACAAUUUUGAUAAGUGAUUUAUGGUUGAACUGUCUGGUAGCAGCUUCUCAGAUUUUCAUAUUUUCUAGUUUUCCAGUUUUGAUAGAUGAUAGUGAACUCAACAUCUUGAUUUUUACUGUUGGUCAAAGAAAAAAAAACAUCUGAAUAUUUUCACUUGAGUUUCAGGGAUGAUGAUCAGCAUUUUAUACACUGUAGAAGUCAAAGGUUUCAGCCUGCAGUACUACAAAGGAACAACAGACAGGUUUACUUUUGGCUCUGCUGGUCGACGAUCAAACUGCCUCCUCCUCGUUUCUUCUUCGUGUUCAGCAAACGUCACUGCCCUGUUUGAUCUAGAAACUCCUGCACACACAGACACACAGAGACACUCACCUCUGAGGGAUUGUUUUGCAGUGUAGAAGAAGAACCUUUACGAGCCAGA